AUGUUGGGCGCGUGGGCGGGGCUUUCCGCGCUGCGGGUUGCCUGCCUAGCCCUCGCGGCUCUCACACUUGCACCAGCAGCCGCCGGCCUCGCAACGAACCACGUGGAGAAGAUCACUGUAUUCCACCCAGACGACCAACACGUCGGAUUGUCGCUUGAAUGGGACUUUCCUGCACAGGAUGUGGACGCGACGGCGACCGUGCUGGAGGGCGUCAUUGCGGCCAUCGAGGCCUCCGGUGCCGCCGCGGCGAACAUGACAAUCACGCUCGGAGAGUGGGACUACCACAAGUGGGGAAAGUACACCCACCUCGACCCCGCGCCUCCGGGGACGCGGCUGGAGGCGUUCUGGGACGUGGGCGAAGAGAAGCUGCGCGACGCACAGUCCUGCCCGGGCUGGGCCGCGCUGUCGAGCGGCUGGAGCUCGACGCUGCAGACCGGCGUGGCCGACCUUGCGGACCCAGUAGCGAUCCUCGAAGGUGGUGGCCGCACGCAGCGGUGCUUCCAGACGGCCGAGCGCGCCGUCGCGUGCGGUGAGAACAUUGCCGCGGUGGCGCGGCUGCUGCCGUGUCGGACUGACUCAGGCAUCGGGACCUUCCUCGCGCUGCCGGGCCUGAGCUUCGCGACGUGGCUCUCGGUCCACGUCACGGCGCGGCGCGACGCGGCGGCGAGCAACGGCGUCGCGGUGCGCGCAGCAGUGCACGCAAUCGCCCGCCUGAGGCCGCUGGGCGAGCUGCCGAGCGACUGGAAGGCGCCGCAGGUGCACGCUACGGCCGGUAUAGCGGUCUCGGAGCUCAUGCGGCUGCUGAAGUGGAAGGGUUUCGCGGAGGACGUUGGCGAGAGCGACGCGAUGAACGUGCUCGUUGCGUGCCCCGCCGCGCGGGCGACGCGGUGCGUACGGCAGCAGGGGGAUUUGCUCACGGGGGAGCCGAUGCUGGUGGCGACCGCUGAGGAGCCGGCGCGCCGCGACGACGCGGGUGCGGGCGAGGGGGCGCAGGAGGAGGGGGGUGUGUCCGAGGACGGUGACGGAGCCGAUGAGGCCGGCGGCGACGAGGACGCGGUGGAGGAGGACGAAGAGGAGGAAGAAAGUGCCCUGUCCUUCAACCCCGCGAAGGCGUACCGGUGGCUGGUCGUGGACCAGCACGUGCGCCGCGCGCGCAGCGGGACGGUGCACGUUGCUGUGGAGGUGCAGCGCGCUGGUGGGGGCGCGGUGCGCGGCGGCGGCCGGUGGUGCCUCCAUCAGGAGCUGCACUGGUCCCUGCGGCCGCUCCUGCACACCCUGACCGCCACAGCGAGGGUCCUGAGUCUGACUGACGAUCAGGAAAUCGUGCGGUCGGACAUACUGGCGGCGAUCGUCCCGCACGUCGGACAGAAGGCGCCGCAGAACGCGACGACGUGGACCGCCGAGCUCCUGGGCCCGCCGGAGCCGCGGCGCGGCGCGGCGCUGCUGCGGAUGUGUGGGCCGGCCGCCGUGCAGCUGGAGGCGAUCACGCUGGCGUACGACGCGGCGCGGGAGGCGCGCAACGCGGAGGAGUACCCGCCGGACGUCGCGCGCGGCCAGAGCAUUCCGGGCGUGGCGGCGACGUGGGUGGACGGAGACCAGAACGAUCCGUCUCCUGGGGGCUUGCACGUCCGGACGUUCUCGACCACGGCGCUCUCGCCCAUGUGGCCGGCGAUCCCGGACAUGUCGAUGCCGUACAACGCGGCGUGCAUGGCAGCGACCGUCGUGGUGCUGUGGGUCGGCACCGCGGCGACGACGAUGACGGCGCGCCGCCACAAGCCCGCCCCGACGCAAGGCGACCGCGUCCGCAAGGCCGCGCGCGUCGUGCUCGUCCUGACGUCAGCCGUGCUUUUGGCAUUAUACCUAGACGAGGACCUGAGGGUUGCUACUGGAACCAACGAACUGUUCCGGGGGCUCGUGCACUGA